UAUGAUGGCGGCGAAUUUAAGUUAUGUUGGCGAAAGUUGACAACGAUUUCUUACAUUCCUGUCAAGCUGACCACAACGGAGUUCGGAGGUGCAUGACAGCACAAUGUAGUGCUGUAAAGAAACUUCCCAGUGCUUGGUGGGGACUUUUUGUUACUUUUCAAAAUGAAACAAAGCCACAUGUUGCAGCUGAAUUCUGGUGGCGCAAUAGUUUUAUGUCGAAAUAUGCAGAAACACCAGAAUGGGAAACUUUGUUGAAGUCUCUGAUUUCUCUGGAACCUCGACUAAUUGAUGAGAAUUUAAUCUUUUGCCCCACCUUCUUUCUCCUGACAGAAUAUUUCCAAAAAUGUUUGCUAUCAUUUUUGAAUCAACAUUUGGCUGAACUUCCUGAGCAGUCUACACAAGAAUUCCUGGCUACCAUUCAACAAAAUAUCCAAUAUGCCCCCAACAACAGGAUCCAGUCUCUUUUCAACCAUUUUCAGUACAAUUGUAGAUUAACUUGGAACCAAACUUUUCUUCCAAAUAACCAUUUUCCCCAUGUCAUCUCCAAACAAAACCAAGAGAUACUAAACGACAUAUUGAAGUCAGCAGCGUCAACACACCAAUACAGUCCUUUCUUACCUUCAUUUGUUAGAGAGCGGCAGCUACAAAUUCCUGAUGGAAACAUUACAAGUAUAGAUGAUGUGAUAUCUCUUCAAGAGCAAUGCAGUAAUAUAAUAGUGCCAGAAAGUCCAGUCAUUGUUAUUCAUUCUGACAGUAGUAGUGAAGAAUCUAUGGAAAUGACAAAUGAAGGAGCAAUCGAACCCGAAUCCAGUAAAUCUACAAAUAUUCCAGUUCAAGAAUCUAGCAAAUCCCCAUCACCAAUGGAAGUUCCCAAACCACCAUCACCAGUGGAAGUGCCUUCUGAUAAAUUACCACCAGAAAUAGAAAUGAAGGCCAACCAGUUGAAGUAUGUCUGGCAACAUGGAGACAAACCCCAGAAUGUGUUACCACCAGAAUUGAACCUUUUUGUUGAAUGUUCAGACCAACAGGUUCACCAAAUCUGCCACAUGUUAGAUGUUGAGUCCCUGUCAGAAUCCUCUUUUGCUAUGAUAUGCAAACAUUUUGCUGAAGUCGGCAAUCAAAUCAGUUAUGCCAACAGUCUGGUCUUGGCCAAAGAUUGUAUUCUUCCUCGGUUUGUGGUGCAGUCCAAGCAAAAUUCCAGGCUCUUAGUCUCUGCAAUUGUUACCUUCAGUCAACAAUUCCCAAAGCCAUUUGUGGAUGGAGUCUUAAUUCCCUGUGCAAAGAACAAAAAAAUUGAUUUACCUCAAGCCAAGCUGUUAACCAUUGUCAAUAAGGAUGCCUUUACUUCUAAUACCAGACUCUACCUCCUGGAGCAGCUGUCCAAGAGUUGCCCCAGCAUUGAACCUGGAAUCCUGUUAUUGCUAGAGAAUAUUCUAGAUGGAAAGCUGGAAUUGUCAUCUGAUCAACUUUCCCAAUUACUGCAAUGGCUAAAGAAGACCUCCACUGUUGAACAGCAUUCCAAUAGCAAAUAUGGGAGAUUUUUGCUCACAUUUGUAAAUAAAUAUAAAAAACAGUUGAAAAAAGAACAUAUUUCUUGCCUUCACCAAAUUGUUGAACACCAUGAGACUUUCUUGAAGAAUACAAUAAUCAGUGCCCUGAAGACUUUAGCAAGGACAUUGGAGGACAAAGCUUAAUGUAACUAGAACCACUUAAUUUUACCUGCAACAGUAAUAUCAACUGAACCACAUUGGGGGGUAUGAUGACUUGGUCAUGUGACCUGCUUUUUUUUUUUUUCAUAUUUGAAUUAACAAACUGAAGUCAAAGCUUCUGUAAGUCAUGUGGCAAAUAUUUUAUUUCUAUUCAAGUACACAAAUAAAAAAACAAAACACAAUGAACAUAUACAA